AUGAGGGCAACUGUAUCCUUUCCUGAUCCCGAUGACAAAUCUGCAUCUGGGUUUGGUGUGUCUGGAGAUCAUGGCCCCAAAUCCUCUGAAGUUUAUGGCUUUGUAGGCUCCAUUACAACCGUUGUUGCUACAGUAAUUUUCUUGGUAUGGGCAUAUGUUCCUGAACAUUGGUUGCACGCAAUUGGAAUCUCUUACUAUCCCAACAAGUACUGGGCAUUGGCCGUGCCAACUUAUGCCUUGGUCACAAUCGUAUUAGCUCUGGUAUUUUACGUUGGCCUCAACUUCAUGUCAACCCCUCCCCCAACUUCCCUGAAUACAAUUUUUUGUAGGGAUCCUUCGACCUUCAUUCCUUCAAGGGAGGGAGAUGAGCAGCCCAUUGAACCCAUAUCUGAUAUCGGCAUCAAUCAAAUCAAUGAUCUUAUGUACAAACAUAAAGCUCGUUGUGCUUUGGAUCCUAUCCAUCUGGGCACCCAGCAGCUCAUGCACUCGAACUUUUAA